AUGUUUCAAGAUAAACCACAAGAGAAUAUUUGGUAUUACCUUAAAAGACAAUGUGUAGAUUCAAGUUCAUCGAAAUCGAUUAGAGAUUCGCUGACCUCUUCAUUCUCUAUCUUCUCGGGAGUCAGUACAUUCGAUGGCGAUAAUACCAACACCGGUUCGUACUUGGCAACCAGUGUCGACAUGACAGCGACAUCCACCUCUGAGGUGCCUGGCAGCUAUGUCUCUGUCUACGGUGGAAGCGUACAGGAAAACACCAACACCAAUGGAUCCAUCUACAGCAGCGUAUACGGUGCAUCUUCCAACACCAAAAUCUCAUCACUCUACACAUCCAACACACUAACAGCCGAUUCCUACGUAAAAGAUUCAUUCUGGCGAGAUGGAGGUAGUACAAACACUGCAUCAAUAUAUUCUAUACCAAGUAGUGCAGCUGCACUCUCUAGUAGUCAAUUUGUUAGUAAUAAUAAUAAUAAUAAUAAUAAUAGUAAUAAUACUACAUCUGUAAGUGGAUAUAUAGAUACAUUUAGUGAUGUUCCUACUCCACCGCAACAGAAUGGCAGUGGCGGUAUGACGAGUAGCGGUAUGACGAGUAGCGGUAUGACGAGUAGCGGUAGUAAUCUGACUAGCGGUCUAUCGACGAGUAGUGGGUCGAAUACGAAUGGUUCGUCGGUGUAUGGUGGAUCACCUUAUGAUCUGACGUUUAGAGACAGCAGGAAGAAUCAGAGUGGUGCAGAUCAGGCUGCUGCCGUUCAGUCUUAUCUGGCGACCACUCCAUCAGCAACAGCACAGCAACAACAGAACAAUCUUCAGAAUAAUCCUGAGCUACAGAAACUUACAAGUCAAAUACACGAUCAGGGAAUCACCACUAAAUCAACGCUGCCGUGGAACGAGAGUUUCCAAGAGUUGCUGGACCGGCCUGUCAACUCGCACGAAGAGGAACGAGUGAGAAAUCUAAACAUCUCUCACUUCUCUCAGAUCUUGGCAAACACCGCCAAGAAGUAUGUCAAGGCGUUGGUGCAGGAGGUGCAUAUCGCGCCCGAGUUAAAGUCGAUCAAGCCGUUUGAAGCCGGUGGAUUUGCCGGUGGCGAGAAGUUUCGUAUCGACAAUAUGUUUAUCAAGUUCGCGUUGAAUCCGCAUCAGAUCUACGAGCGAAACAACCCGGUCAGUUACUUUGCCAAUAAGGCAGCUGGCCACGAGUUGAAGAGCAUCAACGCAUUGGUGUCGUGCGGUGUGCCCAACCUGCACUUCCCACUGAUGUGUCUGCUCAACUAUCGUGGAUUCCGUCUCAUUGUAAUCUCGGAGCUGCCGAUCAACUCCAACACACUGGUCUUUGGUAGCUCGAACGCCGGUGAAACCAUCAAGGAGAACGACACCGUCUUUAAGAUGAUGGUGAAGAUCGGUGAGAUUCUCAACCUCAAGACACAUCUCGUAGAGGAACGUGGUAAAAUCAACAGCGCAAAGUUUACAAUUCCACUGGCAAUCGAUAUUGAAGGUCAUUUUGGUCAUGAUGGUAGAUAUUAUGUUGUUGAUACUGCAAGAUUAUUCCCUCCAGAAACACCAAUCCUGGGUAUAACAGGUGGUCAUUUGUAUAGAUUGUUUAGACCAGAGUUUGUAAAGAGAUAUGAAACACAGUUGUGUGCAGAUGCUUUCGCUGCGUUCAAUGUUGUAGAUCAAGAACCAUUAAAUGAUGAAGCAAUGAAAGCGAAUAACUAUUUGAUACAAGAAUAUAUUCCAAUGUUUUUAAAGAAUUUCGUACAUAGCGAGUUGAAAAAGUUGGAUAUAAAAGCGUUGCUACACAAAAAGGGUGUGAAUUUGCGAUAUUUAGGACUGAUACUGCAGCAGUUGACACAGUUUGCUGAUAUCGACGAUCUCAAUCGCUACAGACUGCAGGGUUUGAUCACCGUUGAGAUGUUGGCACGUCUGAUGCGAUUCAUUCUGUUCUCAGAGAUGAGAUCUAUCAAUUCACCGGACGACAGACCACAUCUCGAGAUCAGAUUCGGAAACGACGAUAUUGGAACUGCCAACUUCAAAGAGAAACUGGCAAUGUGUAAUAUCAAACAAAAGAAAUAUAAAGAAGCAUCAGAAAAUUUGGAAAUUGUUUUGGCAAUUAAAAAGAAGAUUUUCCAAAACGAGAGUAUAGAGGUUGCUGAUACCUAUGAUAAUUUGGCUUGGUCAUUACAAUCACAAGGUGAAUAUGAAAAAUCAUUAUCAUAUUAUAAUCAAGCGUUAAAGAUUAAGUUGGAAAAAGGUGGAAAUUCAAUGAGUGUUGCUAAAACACUUAAUAAUCUUGGACAUUUGCUAUUGUCAAACAAUGAACUCGAUAAGAGUUUAGAGAUUUUCAAGAAUGUACAAGAUAUCUUUGUUAAGCAAUAUGGUACCGACCAUUCCGAUGUUGCCAUUGCCCUUGACAACAUUGCAUUGGUCUAUGCCAAAAAGAAGAACUAUCCAAUGGCUGAGAAAUAUUUCAAUGAUACAAUUACAAUUAGAAUUAAACAGUUUGGAGAGGACAGUAGAUAUGUCGCGUUGACAAAAGAUCAUUUGGCACAGCUGUAUGUUUCCUGGGGAACAAAGUCCAAGUAUGCAGAGGCAGAUCGAUUGUUCCAAGAGUGUAUUCGUGUCAGUGAGAAAUUCCCUGAUCAGUAUCUCAAGGGUUUCUUGAGAUACAACUACUCGAAACUCUUUAAGAAAAAGAAAGACAAGGCUAAGGAAUCGGAAUAUUUGAAUAUGGCGUUGCAGAUCUUUGAGAUCAACAAUAUCAAUACUGAUUUGACACCAAAGAUCAGAUCGCGUCUCGAACAACUCAAAAAGACUGGUUUCACCAAGUUCAAGGAGUGGUUCGUCGCACCGUCCAUACCUGUGAAGCGAGCCAACAACGACCACAUUCAAAUCUCGCAACACAUCUCCGGUCACAUGGAAAUGUCAUCUCGUACCAACAACAAUUCUACUAAUGCCAGCAUUCCCGACGAGUGGCAAGCCAUUCUCCAAGAAGCCGGUAUCACUGAGGAUAUUAGCAACGAUCCAACAUUUGCGCUGACAGUGCAAGCUUUGAUUGUCGAGGAAAUGAAGAACAAGAAUGAAGAUGGCAAACAAAAGAUAUUCAAUGAUGCACUCAAGAUGUUGGGUGAUCCAAUCACCCAAUUCAAUUCGAUACGAUCCAGACAAACACAAGACGCUUGUAAGAGUGGAUCGUGGUCAUCAUCGCAAUAUGCCAAUGCAUUCGCCAAAGAAAAAGAAACCGAGAAGAAUACAUCGGCACCGACUCUCAACAUUGAGAAGAACUCCACAGUUAAAGGUGUCGGUGUUUCCCACCAGAUCGCUGGACUCUUGCAGAAUGUCAACAAGGAUAUCAAAAAGUCCACCAGCGAUGUCAAGCGUGCCGUUGGCAUCAGCACCAAGAAAGAAAAGAAGAAAUCGUCGUCGUCACCAUCGUCGUCACCAACGCUUUCGCGUAAAGAGCCACCCGGAGGAAGUGCAGCACCACCUCCUCUACCGGAUUCUGUUAUUCCACAGCUCUUCCCUCAGAAAUCACCAUCCGAUAUCUCACCAAUUCCAUCGCCACUCAUGCAAUCGAAGCGAUCAUCGAUCACCAAGUUAUCGUCGUCACUCAGUUCUUCGUCAUCGUCAAACGCUUCGAAUCUCUCAGAUUCAUUGAACUCCAUGAGUAUGUCAGAGUCAGCGAGCAGAUCGACACACGCUCCACCACCCGACAUGGAAAUGAUGAGAUUUGCCUCGAAUUCAUUGGAUUCAUUGGAGUCGGCAGAAAUGGAUUUGCCACCAACACCUCCACCACGUCUAACUGUAUCCGCCAGUCUAUCGCCAACUCCAAAGUCACCACCCGCUCCUCUUGCCACUUCACUUCCAAGUCCACCACCUCCACCCCCAGCCAUCAUUCCUCCACCUGCACCAGUUACCAUCCCAAUAACACAGCCACAACAGUCGUACCUCCUUCCAAAACCACUUCCAACCAUUCCCACCCCAAAUCAACAACAAUACUACCCAACUCACCAAGCCUAUCCACAGCAAUAUCCAACUGGACUGCAGAAACCAAGUGUAUUCGGUGGUUACUAUCCCUCGACCACAUCGAGCAACGCUUCAACAACAACACCAUUACCACAAGCUCCACCACGUCCAAUUGCACCGUUGUAUCCCUCGACUUCUCAACUUUAUCCAACGACCUAUCAAGUACAAGGAUACAGCGCACCAAGAGUCCAACCUCAACAAUCACAACAACCUCAACAACAACAACAACCCAUUCCUUCCUAUCAACUUCAACCAACCACUCCACAAAGAGUUGGAUCGGCAGCUUAUCAUACCAGUGCUUAUCCCGCACCAUCCUAUGCAUUCGGAGCAGGCACCAAUGUUCCAAGACCAAACUACCAAAUGCCAACACAACCAUCUUAUCUCUACCAACCACCACAACAAUACAAUCAACAAUAUCCAACCAACUACCACUAUCAACCAGUUCAACCUCACAAUCCUCAAUAUCAAUAUCAACCAGUGCGUUAUCAAACACCAACAUCACCAUUACCUCAACAACCACAACAACAACAACAACAACAACCAGUACAAUUACCACCACAACAAAAACCAUUACCAGCAAUCGUCCAACCAUCAAAGUCAGUACAACAACAACAACAACCAAUACCAGUACAAUUACCACCACAACAAUACCCACUGCCAGCAAUCAACCAACCUUUGCAACCUCAAUACCAAACCAAUCUACCAUUGCAAACACAGUUCCCAAGCUAUCAAUUGUAUCCAAGUCAACAGUACACACCACCACCAGCACCAUUCACAAUGUCUCAACUCUAUCCACAUCUCUCACAAUCAAAUCUAUCGUCUGCCUACCAAGCACCACUUCAAGAAACCAAACCAUCAAGAGAAUUCGAUAUGUUUGAUAUCUGUGAUGAUGCUGAUGAUGACGAUGACGCUGAAGAUGAAUUCAGCCCAACUCAGAGCAAUUCCCCACAACAACAGACUGGAGUUUACUCACCAACCGACAAAGAUGUCAACUCCAAAGUUAGCUGGCCAAGUAUUCAACAACUACGUACAUCUGACAAAGAUCGUAUUAUUGGUCUAUUGAAGGAGAAGCUUCAAGAAAGAAAACAAGCACUUUAA